CUGGUUCUGCCUCUACUGUACUCACUGUGUCUGUGUGAGGAUGGCUGCAGUUAAAGAAACCUCAGGAAACCCAGUGUGAACCAGAGCACAGACCUCCACAGACCCUCUACUCACUGCUGCUGUACUGCAGACAUCCUACCUGACCUGACCAGCUCCCAUCCUGCAGACUGACACCAUCACAGGAGCAGGACAAGAGCAGGAGUCUAAGUGGAACUUAACCUGAACAACACUUGAAACUGUCUUAUUUUUUCCUCUGCUUCUCUUGCUCCCUCUGAUUCUCUCAUGUGCAUCUUUCUCAAUCCUGAACACUGAGCUGAGUAUAUUGGAGACCUGAGCCUGCAGCACUGUAUUAGGAGGAGAACAGGUGGUGAUGUCCCCUUCUCUGUACUGGUUCUUGCUGCUCUGUAGACUCCACAGUCUCUGGGCUCAGGAUGACUAUAGUACCCAUGAUGAUAGAACCAUGGACAGGAGAGCCAAGAACCAACUACUGACAACCAACGUCAUACCCAAGAAUGGCCAAUCACUUUUGAACGAUGACUGUGGCCUGGAGCUGGCCUUCCUGGUGGACAGCUCGGAGAGCGCCAAGGACAACCACGCCCAGGAGAAGAGGUUCGCCACAGAUGUGGUUGAACGCCUGCAGGGGGUCAAUCUCCAGACGGGCCGGGCUCUCAGCUCGCGAGCCGCCCUCCUGCAGUUCAGCAGCCAUGUGAUCAUCGAGCAGACCUUCAAGCAGUGGAGGGGGGUGGCUAACUUCAAGACUCGCAUCGCACUCAUCGGAUACAUCGGCCACGGCACCUACACCACCUACGCCAUCACCAACCUGACCAAGAUCUACAUGGAGGAGUCAGAGCCAGGGAGCAUCAGGGUGGCCAUACUGCUGACGGAUGGCAUCUCCCACCCCAGGAACCCAGACAUCUUCUCCGCCGUGGUCGACGCCAAAAACCAGGGUGUGAAGUUCUUCAUGGUGGGCAUCACGCCCGCGGCCAAUGACAUCUCCAACGUGGCACAGCUUCGUCGGCUGGCUAGCUCCCCAGCCAAUCGCUACCUCCAUAACCUUCAGGACAGGGGCAUCGUGGAAAAGGUCAUCAAAGAGAUUACAGAGUUGGCUGAUGAGGGGUGUCCUCUGGCCCUGAAGUGUGCGUGUGACAAGGGAGAGAGGGGACCCAUUGGCCUCCAGGGCAAGAAGGGGAAUUCUGGAGAUGAUGGGAACCCAGGUGUUAAAGGAUCGAAGGGUGAGGGCGGGCUCAGUGGACUUCCUGGUCGAAAUGGGGAAGAGGGCAAGCCGGGCUACAAAGGAGAGCAGGGGGAGAGAGGAGAAUGUGGCACGCCUGGCAUCAAAGGAGACAGGGGGCCUGAGGGGCCAGUUGGCACCAGGGGAAACAGAGGGCUACAGGGGUUACCUGGUCCAAAUGGCGAUGCCGGGCCUGAGGGUCUCAUAGGGAAAAAAGGUGAGCGGGGACUUUCUGGGCCACCUGGAAUACAAGGAGAAACUGGGAUCGGGCUUCCUGGACCCAAGGGUGAUGUGGGGUUCCAGGGGCGACUGGGGCCUCCGGGACCACCUGGCAUAGGGGAACCUGGACUACCGGGGCCUCAAGGGCCACAGGGCGUCCAAGGAGAGAAGGGUCCUAUAGGAGAAGGCUUCGCCGGGCCAAAGGGGGACCGGGGCCUGGAGGGGCCGAGGGGACCCAGAGGACAGCCCGGCGCUGGACUGAAAGGAGACAAGGGUGGCUUUGGCCCUCCAGGUUUUCCAGGGCCUGUCGGCCUGCCAGGCCUGGGCAUUCAGGGGGAGAAGGGUAUAGAGGGGCCACGGGGGCCACCAGGGGGCAGGGGCCCACAAGGAGAUGGAUAUCCAGGGCCCAAGGGUGACCAGGGCUUACCAGGGGAGCUUGGUUCAACAGGAGAGAGAGGGGCUGGCGAACCUGGGGCUAAGGGUGAGCCAGGAGCGUCAGGAUUGGCUGGUUUUCCUGGCCUCCCAGGAGAGGAUGGGGCCCCGGGACAGAAGGGUGAACCAGGUGUUGGUGGUCUGAGGGGGCCAGAGGGAGCUGCGGGAAUUGGCACCCAGGGUGAGAAGGGAGACCAGGGCCAGAGGGGCAUUCGGGGCUUGGGUGGGCCUCCUGGAAUCGCCGGGCCCUCUGGAGCAAAGGGGGAGCCUGGGACACCAGGUCGACUGGGUAUGCCAGGACUUCCAGGGCGGGGAAUCAUAGGACCUAAGGGCAAUCUUGGCCCACCUGGUCCAUCUGGACCAAUAGGAGAGACGGGCUACGGGCUGCCUGGUCCUAAGGGUGAUCGUGGAGGUCCUGGUCCGUCUGGUCCAUUUGGGCCCAAAGGCGAUGGUUAUCCUGGCCCUACGGGAACUCCUGGUCUACCGGGGCUUCCUGGUGAACCAGGCCUGGAGGGGCUGGGCAUCCCUGGACCGAAGGGUGAUAUUGGCUUCAGGGGCUUUCCAGGUUUAGCAGGCCCCCCAGGCGAGGGGCUACAAGGUCUACCGGGUGGCAUUGGACGACUGGGCCCCCCAGGGCCGACGGGGCCUCCUGGGCAGGGUAUUCAGGGGCCAAAGGGCGAGCCAGGGUCUCAGGGCGUGACGGGCCCUCGGGGGCCACCAGGGGAAGGAUUCACAGGGGCCAAGGGUGACCGCGGCUCUGGAGGGGAGAGGGGCCUGAAGGGGGUCAAAGGUGAUUUGGGUGACCCUGGAGUUCCUGGCCAAUCAGGCAGACCAGGGUUCAAAGGUGACAUGGGCCUCACAAGAGAAGACAUCAUUAAAAUGAUCAAGGAGAUUUGUGGUUGCGGAAUCAAAUGCAAGGAGCGGCCCAUGGAGCUGGUGUUCGUCAUUGACAGCUCGGAGAGCGUGGGGCCGGAGAACUUUGAGAUCAUCAAGGACUUUGUGGCGGCCCUGGUGGACCGCGUGACGGUGGGCCGCAACGCCACCCGCAUCGGCCUGGUCCUCUACAGCUUGGAGGUCAAGCUAGAGUUCAACCUGGCACGCCACAUGACCAAGCAGGACAUCAAACAGGCCAUACGAAAAAUCCCUUAUAUAGGUGAGGGCACCCACACGGGCACCGCCAUCCGCAAGGCCACCCAGGAUGCCUUCUACAGCUCGCGCAAGGGGGUCAGUAAAGUGGCUAUAGUUAUUACGGACGGACAGACGGAUAAGCGGGAGCCGGUGAAGCUGGAUAUUGCGGUUCGGGAGGCACAUGCAGCCAACAUCGAGAUGUACGCAUUGGGGAUCGUGAACACGUCGGACCCCACGCAGCCCGAGUUCCUGAGGGAGCUCAACCUGAUCGCGUCGGACCCUGAUAGUGAACACAUGUACCUCAUUGAUGAUUUCAACACGCUGCCAGCUCUGGAGUCCAAGCUCGUCAGCAAGUUCUGUGAAGACGAGAACGGCGGUCUGAUAUACAACCGUGUCACCAACGGCUACGGCAACAAUGGAUACAGGAACGGGAACAAUGGGAACUAUGGCAACGGGGGCAAUGGCUAUGGAACCACCAACCAGGAGGACUUCAACAACAGGAGGCGAACAGUCACCACUACCGGCACUCAAAGUCAGGGUGGCAGGGUAGACCUGACCCAGCCUAUCAACCCUGGCACUGCCACAGUACAGAAAGGGCAGCGUGAGGGAGGCCAGGAUGGAGGUGUUUACACCCCAGAUUGGGGGACUGGUCGCGGGGACGUUCCCACGUUGAACCACAACACAUCCUCCUCCUCCAGGGAUUCCUCAUCUUCCAAUACAGGAGGGUCCUCUUCCUCAUCAGGAACGUCAUCUUCAUCCUCAGGGUCCUCAGGCUCUGUCCAGUUAGUGCCUGCAUCACGACCCGCACUUCCCAAAGAGUAUGUGCCUCUGGACCCUCGCUGUGCACUGGUCCUAGACCAGGGCCCCUGUCGGGACUACAAAAUGCGCUGGUACUAUGACAAGCAGGCCAACGCAUGCGCCCAGUUCUGGUACGGAGCCUGUGAGGGGAACCAGAACCGCUUCGACACAGAGGAGGAGUGUAAGAGGACAUGUGUGCAAGGCAGGGCAGGCUGAGAAGACAUCUCACUCAAUUCGGUCUUUAAACGGAUGUUCCAUGGCACCAUGUACUUCACGAUGGUAGGAGGUCAAGUCAUGACAGUAUGUUGUACUAUUGGAUAAAUGCUUGUUUGACACUCCCUAGUCCCCCCCCCCUACCCUUGAACUAAAACUCUACGCACUUAUUAUAAAUAUUCAUAUACUAAUUCCAGUGUCUGAUUUGAACUUUAAUUUUACCGCCAAUCUCUGUAAAAUGUAUCAUUAAAGGUCCAAUGCAGCCGUUUUUAUCUUAAUAUCAAAUCAUUUCUGGAUGACAAUUAAGUACCUUACUUUGGUUUGGAACUCUUUCUUAUUGGUCAAUUAACUAAUGUACCACCUGGUGAUUUCACCAUGGAAGGCCAAAACUCCAUCACACCAAAACAGGCACUCUUUCAAACAACUCUUACACUAAAGGGGCAUUAUCAAUAUUUUCACAAUUUCACAGUAAUCUUUCAGCCUCAUAAUGUGGAAACAUAUAUAAAACACAGGCAAAUCUAGUUUUUGACUGCACUGGGCCUUUAAUUUAACAUUACCAUUUUCAUUCAAAAUGAAUGGAUAGCUCAUCAUAUAACAUCAUUUUAUCAUACAAUUCAGUCAAUCUCACUCAGGUAUGUAGUCAAGAAAUAGUAGAAAAUACCACUUAGUAUUAGACACUGAUUAAUUAAUACAUACAGUUGAAAUUGGAAGUUAACAUGCACCUUACCAAAUACAUUUGACCAAAUUCAAAUACUUUUUUCACAAUUCCAGUUUUUCACAUUUACUCCUAGAAGGUCUUGGGUCAGUUAGAAUCACCACUUUUUAUUUUAAGAAUGUGAAAUGUCAGAAUAAUAGUAUAGAGAAUGAUUUAUUUCAGCUUUUAUUUCUUUCAUCACAUUCCCAGUGGAUCAGAAGUUUACAUACACUCAAUUCGUAUUAGGUAGAAUUGCCUUUAAAUUGUUUAACUUGGGUCAAACGCUUCGGGUAGCCUUCCACAAGCUUCCCACAAUAAGUUUUGUGAAUUUUGGCCCAUUCCUCCUGACAGAGCUGGUGUAACUGAGUCAGGUUUGUAGGCCUCCUUGCUCGCACAUGCUUUUUCAGUUCUGCCCACAAAUGUUCUAUGGGAUUGAGGUCAGGGCUUUGUGAUGGCCACUCCAAUACCUUGACUUUGUUGUCCUUAAACCAUUUUGCCACAACUUUGGAAGUAUGCUUGGGGUCAUUGUCAUUUGGAAGACCCAUUUGCUACCAAGCUUUAACUUCCUGGCUGGUGUCGUGAGAUGUUGCUUCAAUAUAUCCACAUAAUUUUCCUACCUCAUAAUGCCAUAUAUUUCGUGAAGUGCACCAGUCCCUCCUGCAGCAAAGCACCCCCACAACCGGGGACACCCCCGUGCUUCACGGUUGGGAUGGUGUUCUUCGGCUUACAAGCCUCCCCCUUUUUCCUCCAAACAUAACGAUGGUCAUUAUGGCCAAACAGUUCUAUUUUGGUUUCAUCAGACCAGAGGGCAUUUCUCCAAAAAGUACGAUCUUUGUCCCCAUGUGCAGUUGCAAACCGUAGUCUGGCUUUUUUAUGGCGGUUUUGGAGCAGUGGCUUCUUUCUUGCUGAGCGGCCUUUCAGGUUAUGUCAAUAUAGGACUCGUUUUACUGUGGAUAUCGAUACUUUUGUACCUGUUUCCUCCAGCAUCUUCACAAGGUCCUUUGCUGUUGUUCUGGAAUUGAUUUGCACCUUUUGCAUCAAAGUACGUUCAUCUCUAGGAGAUGAGUGUGUUGACGGCUGUGUGGUCCCAUGGUGUUUAUACUUACGUACCAUUGUUUGUACAGAUUAACGUACCUUCAGGCGUUUGGAAAUUGCUCCCAAGGAUGAUCCAGAAUUGUGGAGGUCUACUAUUUUUUUUCUGAGGUCUUGGCUGAUUUCUUUUUAUUUUCCCAAGAUGUCAAGCAAAGAGGCACUUAGUUUGAAGGUAGGCCUUGAAAUACAUCCACAGGUACACCUCCAAUUGACUCAAAUGAUGUCAAUUAGCCUAUCAGAAGCUUCUAAAUCAAUGACACAAUUGUCUGGAAUUGUCCAAGCUGUUUAAAGGCACAGUCAACUUAGUAUAUGUAAACUUCUGACCCACUGGAAUUGUGAUGCAGUGAAUUAUAAGUGAAAUAAUCUGUCUGUAAACAAUUGUUGGAAGAAUGACUUGUGUCAUGUACAAAGUAGAUGUCCUAACCAACUUGCCAAAACUAUAGUUUGUGAACAAGAAAUUUGUGGAGUGGUUGAAAAACAAGUUUUAAUGACUCCAACCUAAACUUCCGACUUCAACUGUACAUGCUUCAAGUGGCAAAUCAGUAUGGUCUAUAGAUUUUGACAGCAUUUUUUUUGACAGCAUCAGUAUGUAAUGUAUAUAUCCCGCAUCAUAUCAUAACUCUUUUAUGCUGAUCACUGAUUUUAUAUUGCUAACGUAAUUGUAAUAUCCACAUUGUUCAAACUGUGAAAUAACACCAUUGGUGCCAUAA